AAACUCAGCUCUGACCAAAGGCGAGGCCCUGGAAGACUUUCAAUUCCUCCCUGCAGCAGCGCUCCACAUCUGCAGCCAUGCCUAAAAUGAUGGUGAAGAACAUGUCCUUCAAGGUCGGCCAGACCUUGACUGUGACGGGAAAACCCAAACCUGAUGCCACCAAUUUUGCUCUGAACAUCGGCCCAGAUGAGCAAGACAUCACCCUCCACAUUAACCCCCGCUUCAACGCCCACGGAGACGAGAACACAGUGGUGUGCAACUCCUGCCAGGGGGGCAGCUGGGGGCAGGAGGUCAGAGAGGGAGGCUUUCCUUUCAAGCAGGGGGAGGAGUUCCAAUUCACCAUCACCUUCAACCCUGAGGAGUUCCUGGUGACCUUAUCAGAUGGCUCCACGAUCAGCUUCCCCAAUCGCAUGGGUGCAGAGAAGUACGCGUUCAUCAGCUUUGAUGGAGAAGUUCGCAUCACCAGCUUUGAGAUUAAAUAAACCUCCACACUCCUGUGUACCUUCAAAGCUUUGCCGAGCGUUUAGUUUCACAGCUUCAAUUGCAGAUUUUAGCAGUGAAGUAAGCGCGAUAAAUUCACCUUUUUUCUGCUUCGAGUACAAACAAUCUCAUCUUCAUUUCAUCAGAAACAUUUCAAGGUGCUUGACAGAUCAGGCUUUGUUCCUCCCACAUUCCGAAUUUGUAAGUCUGAUCGCCUGCCUGUGACUGAAUGUAUUAAAGCUUCC